AUGGUAUUACAGGAAUAUGGGUUACCAAAUAAGAUGGUAAGGUGGAUUAUGGAGUGUGUAACUAAUGUGAACUACUCUAUACUGAUAAAUGGUGGGCUUACCAAAAGAUUUCAAGCAAGGAAAGGACUGAGACAAGGGGACUCCAUGUCCCCAUACAUGUUUGUCCUAGUGAUGGAGUACCUGAGUAGAACAUUGAAGACUCUCAAAGACAUCCCAGAAUUCAACUUCCACCCAAGAUGUGCCAAAUUAAAUCUGACUUAUAUCUAUUUUGCAGAUGAUCUGAUUAUGUGUUGUACAGCUGAUAAAAUCUUUAUCCAACUACUUCUGGACAAAUUCAAUCAUUUCUCAAAGGUGACAGAACUCAUGGCUAACUUAGAAAAAAGUUCUAUCUAUGUAGCUGGAGUUACUCAGGAUUUCAAAGAUAUGAUCAGUACUGACUAUCAAUUCAAGCUGGAAGCUCUACCAUUCAAAUACCUUGGAGUUCCUUUAUCUUCAAGGAAGCUAUCAAUACAGCAAACAUACUGGGGACAACUGAUAAAAAAUGUGUUAUUUGAGAUGCAAACAUACUGGGGACAGAAAGGGGCAAUUCAAUAUUCAGAAGAUGUACACCUUAUCGAGACCUCAGUUUCCAAAGGUUCGUUGGAAAGCUUAAUAUUAGGCACCACUAUACCUAGACACAACUUCAUUUUAUGGCUAGCACUUCACCACAGACUGGUCACAGUGGAUAGGUUGACAGCUUGGGGAAUACAGGUCGAUAUGGGAUGUGUAUUAUGCAGUAGUGGAAAAGCAGAAACAAUGACUCACUUAUUCUUUGAAUGUCAAUAUUCAAGAAAUAUGUGGAGCACACUGCUUAACUGGAUGGGAGAAAGACAUCAAAUUGGUGCAUGGGAAGAUGAAGUCUUAUGGUUGAUAAAAAGAACAAAAAAUGGUAGACCCCAUAAUAGCAUCUUGGCGUUUCUGUUUGCAGCAGUGAUAUACCAUACAUGGAUAGAAAGAAACAUGCGCAGAUUUCAGGGGAAACAGACGGAUACAAAAAAGAUAUAUGUGACAUUGUCCUUCAACUGCAUAUCAAAGGACAACAGAGGCUAA